UAUUUUUAGAAGUUUCCAUUUCACCUGCACGCUUCUUCGUGUAUCAUUACCAUUGGUGUAUGGAAAUUUUGGCUUCAAGAUAAGGCCGGUGACAGGUGAGGCGAGGUGGGACGACUACAGCGUCUUCAGUAGACGUACCGAGUCAGGACUAAGGAGACAAUAUGCUGGUGUUUGUACUGGCAGCUCUAGCGGCUGCGGCCUCGGCGGUGGACGUCACCAUCAGCAACCACUGGGACGGCGGCUUCCAGGCGAAGGCCUGCAUCGCGAUCACCACCGAACUUCAUAGCUGGAAGGCGCACUUAAAGUUCUCGGAGGCCGUUGAUUCUCUAGAUUGCGGCACAGCCAAUGUCCAGAAGACGAAUGGUGGAAAGGAAUACAUCCUCACGAACAAACAGUGGAACGCAGAUGAGCAUGUUGGCGACAAACUCUGCCUGGACUUUGUUGGUCACACAAGUGGUGAUAUCAACCCUAAGACCACCCUAACAAUAGAGGGCGUCACCGGCGGAAGCAACACGGGUACCAACACAGGUACCCACACCGGUACCCACACCGGCACCCAGGCCCCUGUACAGGUGCCCAAAACAGGAGGCGGUACAGAAAGAUACAACUAUGGCGAGGCUCUUGGCAAGUCCAUCCUGUUCUAUGAUGCUCAGAGAUCAGGCAAACUUCCGGCCAACAACCCCAUCAAGUGGCGAGGUGACUCCGCCCUGGGAGACAAGGGAGACAACGGCGAGGAUCUGACUGGAGGGUGGUAUGAUGCUGGUGACCACGUCAAGUUUAGCUUGCCCAUGUCAAGUACUUCGACCGUGUUACUCUGGGGAUACCUGCAGUGGAAAGAUGCCUAUGCUACUACUAAACAAACAGACAUGUUCUUUGACAUGAUCAAGUGGCCCUUGGACUACUUCUUGAAGUGCUGGAUUCCAGCAAGUCAGACUCUGUAUGCACAGGUUGGAGAAGGAAAUGAUGACCACCACUUCUGGGGCCGCGCUGAGGACAUGACGAUGGCCAGACCCGCCUACAAACUCACACCAAGCAAACCUGGGUCCGAUGUUGCUGGGGAGAUUGCUGCAUCCAUGGCUGCUGGGUAUCUGGCGUUUAAACAGAGAGAUUCUGCCUAUGCGACCAAACUCCUGACUGCAUCCAAGCAGAUCUAUGCAUUCGGAAAGAAGUACCCCGGAAAAUACAGCCAGAGUAUCUCCGAUGCCGGCCAGUUCUACUCGUCCAGCGGAUCCAAGGAUGAGAUGUGUGAAGGAGCUAUGUGGCUGUACAAAGCAACAGGGGACAAGUCUUACCUUGCCGAUGCCAAGGGAUACCACGAGAAUGCUUGGGCGUGGGCUCUGGGAUGGGACGACAAGAAGAUCGCUUGCCAGCUGCUCCUGUACGAAGCUACCAAAGACACUGCAUACAAGGCGGAGGUGGAGGGCUUCUUCAAGGGCUGGCUCCCUGGUGGCUCCAUCACCUACACUCCAUGUGGACAGGCGUGGAGAGACCAGUGGGGCUCCAACAGAUAUGCAGCUAACUCUGCAUUCGUCGCUCUGGUGGCUGCUGAUGCUGGUAUUGACACUGCAACCUACAGGAAGUGGGCAGUUGAGCAGAUGAACUACAUCCUCGGGGACAAUAAAUACGGCAUCAGCUACCAGAUUGGCUUCGGCACAAAAUACCCCAGGAAUCCACAUCACAGAUCCGCCUCCUGCCCUGACAUUCCAGCUCCCUGCUCCGAGACUAACCUCCACACCGCUGGCCCCAGCCCUCACAUCCUUGUGGGCGCCAUUGUUGGAGGUCCUGGUAAUGACGACUCUUACAAGGACAACAGGGAGGACUACGUCCACAACGAGGUGGCCUGCGACUACAACUCCGGCUUCCAGUCUGCUCUCGCUGGUCUAACUCACCUUGUGCAAGCCAAGGAACUGCCAGCCAUACCUGCACCAAAGUGUCACGGUUAAGUGUCACGGACUGUUUUGAAUGAAAUAAAAUAUUGAAUGUU